CUUGGUCAUGGAGUGCUGGAUUUUCCACUACGUAAAAAACUAAUUCAAGACUCAAAAGAUUUAUAUUGUAAAUUUUUCAUUGGAAAAGUUGGCUUCGUACUAUACAGCAGAUAUCUCUAAAUCGAGUAACAAUGGACUAUCUGAAAUCAAAAUGGGCUAUAUGGUUUAAAUCCUUAGAUGCCAAUCAUGACAAUAAAGUUUCCACAGAGGACAUGGAGAUUUCUUCCAAAAAGUUUGGAGAUAUAAAGAAUAUGCUUAGCGACAAAGUCAAAGACAAUGGCGGAUAUGACAACACAAAAUGGUGGAAUACUUACAUCUUUCGUAAAGGUCCCGGUGUAACUUUGACACUCGAAGAAUUCCAGGACGCCCUAGGAGAAUCAUUUCAAAAGGACAAAUCAGCAUUCUAUCAAGAAAUGGUGAGGUGUUUUGACGACAUCGCCUCCUUUGUAGCAGAAAAUAAAGAUCGGCCUAUCGAGGAGCAGGAAUUCGUUUCCUCAUUUAAAGUUUUUGGUCAAGAAGAUUCGGUGCAAGUAGGCAAGGCUUUCCAGCUGUUCAAGGCUAAAAAGGGGAAACCCACUGUGCAACAUAUAGCGGAUGCUUGGACCCAGUUUAUCACAGAAGACGACGCGAGCAAAGAGGACAUGAUCAACGAGGCCUUUGGAAACUAGACGGUUAUAGUAACCAUAUAGCGGACUGUGUAGUCAUGUCUUGAACGAUAUAGGGUACUUAUAGGACUAUUUAGUCAUAUCUGUCACUGGAACUCUGUCUGUUUGCCUGUCUUCAGUGUCAUAUAGUUCUUUAGUCGAGACUGUCACUACAAUAUAAAACUUUUUUUUCUAAAAGUAAUACUAGUAAUUCUUGUAUUUAAUUAACUUAUAUUUGUUGUUCAACGUAUAAUUGUAAUUUUUGUACGACAUAUAUAUUUUUGUAAUCAAAUUUAAUUAUGUAUGAAACAAAUACCACAUCACCGCUGA